AUGGCAUUGUUAUGCAGCAGCACAUUUGAUGUUGACCCUUUGCACCUAUCAUUAGUCUUCGAUCCUGGCGAGUCCGUGGCUUGCUUUAUCGAGACCUCGAUUUACAUCCAUGACCACCAGGCUCCAAAUGAGUCGGAGCUUUCGCCACUUCUGAGAGUCUCGCUACAGGCAUGGCGUAGAGUUUGUUACCACGUGCGGUCAAUACUGUUGCAAGGGGUUUCGCGCGACAGAGCCUGCCUUGACCAGGCCGUUUCUAAAUUCUGGGCAGCGUUCGAGCCUGGAACUUCCUGGUCCACGGGUCCGACUGGGGGUGAGCACGUCGUGACCUCUGUAUCUUCCAGCUACAAUGGCCGGACUCCUCUGUCCGUCUGUGUUGACCUUCUCGAAGGCAAAUUGCUCGUCAAUGGGCGUCCCUUAUCCCGCUUACCGAUCGAGCACUGUAGACACCCAACCUACUCACGACUGUUUGGCAACCAAAUCCUUGAUAUCACGCCGUCCGACAGGCCUCCAAUGGAAUACUGCGCAGCCAGAAAGCAGGAGGGCUGGAUUGUCGAAUUCGGCAUGAUGGGUGCUGAGCUACUCGAGGGCGAUGUCCCGAAGGACCUCAUCUACCCCUACAGUCACUGGAUAGAUAUACGCACAAGAGAUGUCGAUUUUCGCCGAGUGACAGAACCCUGGACAUCUCGGGGCGACUCUUGGCGUCUGGAUAAUCAAUCGGCCACGAUCUCCCUCGGAGGCGGCCUGAGGACUGUAAUCGACGUGCAGAGCAAGACUGCCGAGGAGGUUUCGUGCAUUUUGGAAUCUAUCGAAGAAAGGGCAUACGUCACCAUCAUAUUCGAUCAGCUCUCUGGCGCGCUUGAGAUAAUGCUACCCCGAUACGACUUGACCUUCACCCUUAGUGCCGGGAGUAUCGAUCUACAGUCAAAGCACUAUCGCGGACUAGUUGUCGACGCCACACAGUCAACUGGCACACUGCUUGGGCUGCAUAGUCAACUUGUUCUACGUCACAAGAACCCCAAUGUCAAUCAUCCGAGAGCCUUGAUUGUGCCGCUUGGGCCUGUUUCGCUCGGCGUCGGUCGGGGUGGGCACCCAGCUUCGUCGAUUCGAACUCCUUUGGCCCAAAGCCCAUCCUAUCUCACAGCACUUUCACGGCGUAGACACCAUUACUACGAGGUUGACGAUACCCUUGGCCGUCUCGUUGGCAAAGAGUAUCUGCAUAUUAAACUGCUUUUAUGCCAUCUUCAUGCGGUCACCAGUCACUGUCUCCCAGAUCCUCUGACAGGCCGGACAGGCACGGAAGAGGCUUUGCGGAUCCUCCGUUCAGCAGCGGUGAUGUCUUUCCAACGGAUGAGCUAUGAGGAUGUUAGCAUGCUUGCCGAAAUCGCCAAGCUGAGUCCAGUCCGGCAGUUCUAUCCGAAGGGAAUGAUGGAAAUGCAGCAGAUCCAAUGGUCUAGCAUACUCAGCCCACUGGCGCAGGAUGACCAAAUACUCGGAGCCGUGCAAUCUGUUCUUCAGAAAGGGCAAUACUGCGAUAUUUUUUCCCCAGACGAUGUAUCAAUGCUCGAGCUGUCGACUCAGGUGAACAAACGAACCAGCAACCACCUCAGAGAUCGGGCAACGAAUCGCGCUUCCACUUGGCGGACUCAUGGGUUUGGAGCCGAGUGUCAUAGCACUGUGUCCGUCGAUUAUCUGUCUCGUGGCAAGAUUCAAGAGUCGCCCCUCGAAGACUUGGAGUGCAGAGUAUGCCUCAUCACGCGGGCCUUGUUUUCUGAGUCGGAGAACCUGCCUCAGCUAUCGCAUCUGUCGAAGUUGGCAGUGCCGGCGUUUUACAAGAUAAUGGGUAACGAAGUUUACGGGCCGACUGCGACGACGCUGGCGCCAGAGCUGAGCUUCGAUCUGCGGUGGCUCAACACCCCCACCAGCAGUAUAGGGGCUGACUUCUGCAAGAUACAGGAAGAGUUGUCAUUCAAACCUCGGGGCGAGAGAAGAUUCAAGUGGAUGGCCUUCUUUGGGCUAUUGGUCUUUGCCGAAGACCCAAAUCUCGAGUUGAUACAGCUCCUUCUGGCUUCGGCAUGUGUGCCGGACUUCCAAACACUCUCACAGCCCCAGCACGCCCUGUUCAGGAUUAGGGAUGGUUUUGACUUCCAAGACCACACUAUCAGGGACAGCGUUGCUGAGCGUGAAGAUAGCUUCAACAGAAGCCCUGAGUCGCGGUUUCCACAAUACUCCCGUGAGGCCCCCCACGACCACAAGAAUCGACAACGCCAGGCAUGGCAGAGCAAGGUCCGAAACUCCAGAGAGAUAUUUGUUGCCAACUUGCGUCAUCAGUUCGUGGCCUCGAGCGGGCCCAGCGUACCAGCUGAUCCUGGCAUCGACUUUUAUGUUCAGCCGGCACCGGCAAUGCCCAGUAUCCGGGAGUGGUUCAAGAGUUGGCACAGAAAUCGGGAGUUAGACUCGUUCAUGCAGUCGGCCAUGGCGCUGGCAGUUGAUGUCCCCAAGGACCUGACAACCCCUUCUACCUACAAGUACUCUGACGAUGAUCUCGUCACCGCAGGUGCUAGAGUCUCGACAGUGCACUUCACCGUCUCCCAAUUAUUCGCCAGCGCCCCGUCGCCCCUUGUCUGUGCAGAGCCCUCGAGCUUUAAUCCUCUUUUCAAGGACGAUUCCAAGAAUUCAGGCCUUGCAGAUAGCGAGACGGACGAGGGCCAUGGACUGAAGGUCCUACUUCAGUCACUUGAGGCUAUGGCGAGUCAAAGAGCACUUCAACAAUCCCCUGCUGGCCGGUCGUCAAGAUCAAAUCGAUGCGCUAAAGGACAAGAACAGGAGCGCGAAUUGGCCCCAGAGAUUGAGCAGGAGAGACAGGUUGAGAAACCUCCUGGGGUGCAACCGGAAAAGCACUCACUGGACCCCAACGUCUUGUCGUUGGUCGAAAACAGUGGCGUCCCGGGGAAGGAAAGCUUCCUCGCAGCCUUCCGCACCUUCGAGCGUAGUAGCAUGGCCCACUUGAUUCGACUCGAUCACUUUGGACGCCAGUUGCUCGUGACAGCCGACUUUGCCCGAACCGUCGUUCUUCCUUCUGGGUCUGACAUGGACGUUUUCUAUCGGCCGGUGCAGUGGAUCCUGUCCCUCGAAUCUUCAAGCGUUCUGGUAGUGCUCAGCCCCUACGAGGCCAACGAGCUCCUCCCGCGCAUUGAGAAGAGCAACCACGUCAGGCUGCGUGUCUACGCUCCUCGUCACACGCUGUCUCUCCCUUCGCUGCAGCACCUGAGUCUCAACGUCACGCCGCCCAAGUCGUCGCCCUGGACUGCUCCCCGCACAGAGGUGAUGCACCUUAACCUCUUCGCGGGCCAGCUAUACUUCCAGUCCAUGCACGAGUACAGACACGCCUGUGCCUACCUGGGCCUCUCGGUUGUUCCAAACGAGAGCAGCUCUGACCUUGGCGAGGACGGUUUCGUUGGCGAAAGCGCAUUGUACCCAGACUGCCGCUUUAGAAGGAGCCCGACCGCUUUCCUUCAUUUGUUAUGGCCAAUGUUCGCCGUAAUCGUCAGGAUAUCAGCAAGACACAUGUAA